AUGGCUUUUAGUCCUUCAAAUGCUUCGGCGGGGCUGCAAAUAUCUCUGCUGCUUAGCUUUUUCAUGGCUGCAUUUGCUGGUCCAUUCCUCGAUUCCUUUGACUAUAAUUGGGGACAGAGUAAUUCUCAGAUACUCAACAACGGAGACCUCCUUACGCUCUCCCUUACCAAGGAAAGUGGGUCAGGCUUCGUGUCCAAGAAUCAGUAUGUUUAUGCAAAGAUUGACAUGAAUAUCAAGCUUGUUGCUGGCAAUUCUGCUGGAACUGUCACUGCCUACUAUCUGUCCUCACAAGGGCAAUACCAUGAUGAGAUAGACUUUGAAUUCCUGGGAAACCUAAGUGGUGAUCCUUACAUCCUUCACACAAAUGUCUACUGCCAUGGCCAGGGCGAUAAAGAACAGCAAUUCUACCUUUGGUUCGAUCCCACUGCUGAUUUCCACACCUACACCAUCCUAUGGAAUACCCAAGCAAUUUUCUUCUAUGUAGAUGGCAUCCCCAUUAGAGAGUUCAAGAACCUUGAGUCAAGUGGUAUUCCUUUCCCAAGUUACCAGCCAAUGAAACUAUACUCUAGUAUUUGGGAUGCUGAUAACUGGGCAACAAGAGGUGGACUUGUCAAGAUAGAUUGGACCCAAGCACCCUUCACUGCAUCCUAUACGAAUUUCAAUGACAAAAAUGCUUGUGUUUCAUAUUAUGGUACCAUAACUUCUUGCAAUACUCCAAAUUCUAACCUCAACAACAAUGGUUGGCUCUGGCAGACGCUUGAUUACAGUGACCAGGGGAAGCUGAAAUGGGUUCAGGACAAUUACAUGAUCUACAAUUACUGUACAGAUUCAAAGCGCUUUCCUCAAGGGUUUCCUCCAGAAUGUUACGUCAACAACAAGUACUAGAUGGGAUGCACUCAUAGUUUCUCCCUCUCUUCCAUUUGAUUUCCAUAAUUCCUUUUUGGCUUUAACUUUUCUUUUUUAAAUUAUAUAUUACAUUUGUUUGUUGUCCCAAAUAAACAUUGAAUAUUUUUACUGUGUGUCAUAGGUCGUGUACGAUGAAAGAGCUAAUGUUAUCCCUAUGUUAUUUGGAAUACAAAAAUAAUUUUGGUGUAA